CAGCAAGUAUUUACGUUUUACGUUGUCCCCUUCACUUUGUUACGUCUAAUUAAUAUACGGUGCGGGUUUUUACUAACUUCAUAACUAAUCGGUAACUCCCCGUUUCCGAGAACCUAUCGAUCGAAGGUCGUGCGCAUGCGCGCUGGUUCAUUCAGCUUAGUGUGCGAUUGAAGCAAGCUUGUGAACGUAGAGUGGCCGCAGUCGAAGCAAAAGGAGACCUAGCCAGCUCUAGUACCCGCCGGGGAGCCGUAAGGGAGGGUUGUGAAGAUGACGGGCGUGGACGAAAUACUCAAUUACCAAAGGAGCCCUGACGACGACUUCUACGCGUUGUUGGGCUGUGACGAAAACUCCAGUGCGGAGCAAAUUACUGCGGAGUUCAAAAUACUCGCUCUGCAACACCAUCCUGAUAAGAACGACGGGGACAAAGAAGCAGAAGCCAAAUUUCAGAAACUGAAGGAAGCUAAGGAAACACUGUGCGACCCGGCAAAGCGAGCGCUGUACGAUAAGUGGAGGCAGAGCGGCAUCGCCAUGGGCUACAAGCAGUGGCUCGGCAUGAAGGAGCACGUGCAGCAGUCCAUGCACUGGUCCAAGCCUAACACCAAGGACCGCAUGGUGGAGGGCGCGUCCGGCCCGUCUAGCCUCGGGCCGGCCGGCGGCGCCGCACGCCGUGCCUCCGAGGGCGGCGCCGCGCUGUGGGGCCGCUGGGGAGGCAACCAGGAACCACCCUCCGAGGUCAUCUCCAAGUUCCGCAACUAUGAAAUCUAAAUUGUCACCUACCCUUUUACAAAAAAACUUUGAGGGCCGUUUUUAUUUCACGUUCAAGAGAUUAUUUGUGCCCUAAUCUCUUGAACUUUUGUUAACGAAAUGUACUUAUUUUUUUGUUUUCUCAAGUCACAAGUUUAGGUACCUUUUAUAUUGUUUGUUGACUCAGCAAGGCUGUUGAACGCUUGCCAGUUUUAUUGAAGUUGUAACUCGACGUAUUAUAAAAGUAAGAGUAAUGUUAAGUAUUAUUAAAUUAGAUAUAAAAUGGCACAAUAUUCAUCAAGUCAGCUCAUUGAAUAAUGUUACUCGAAUGUGGCUCGAUAUCUUUUUCAGAGAAUUAUUAAAUGUUUGAUGUGUUUCAUGAUAAUAAAUGUACUCUGUUGCGAGUAGGCAGCGUGUUGACGUUAGGACCCCGUCCCUACCGAGAGUGAUUAGUGUCUGACACUCGUAGCUAUAUCUUUAGUUCUAAGCUAUGCACAUUCCUAAAAACUUAUGAGUCUGAAUAUAAAGAAAACAUUUCUGCUGUAGAACAAUAUGUUAGUCUACUAAAGAAUCUAUAAUAUUUUGAAGAUUUUAUAUUUUUGAACCUCUUUUACGACUUUAUCUUACUGUAUAGGAACUAAAUUACUUUUAAAGAGAGGGAGUGUGUGAAGAUAAUGUUGUGAGAUACAUACAGGGUAAAUGAUGGCAGGCAGAUCGCUUCUGUUACCUACUUAACUUAUCAAUGGUUUGUAUUUGCGUUGAACUUUGUCAUAGCAAUUUAUUUGUUUAUUGAAUGACAUUCGUAAUUGUCCUAAAAUAGGUGUUGUGUUCCCAUGUUAGAGUUGUGUAGAGUUUUAAUAAAGCAUAUAAUGAUAUAUAUGUUGAUGUUUUACUAGUUUACUUUAAAUGUUUAAUAAAUCAGUGUUAAAAUAGUCGUAGAAAUUUAAAUUUUUAAUGUUUUAUCUGGAUAAGAAUCUCUAUCUAAAAAUAAUGCCAAAUGUAUAAGAUGUUUUUAUUUUUGAUGUAAAAUCACCUUUGACACAAUAAAGUUUACCGGACGAAA